AUGACCGACGGCCACAGUGCCCCUGCAGCUGAUGCUCCAGCUCCAACAGCGGCAGCAGACUGCACUGCUGCGCCAGUUCCAGCAGAUGUACGCUCGCAUGCCCACCAUCAGGCACCGACCCAUGACAAGGAGCAGGCCUCCUCCAUUGGCCGUAUUACCCCUCGACCAACGUUCUUGGAACAUCUGGCUACCUCGCGAGACUCGCAAUUCCAGUUUGAUCGACGGGAUUCGAGCGAAUUGGACCGGUACUUUCAUGGCCCCCGAAACAUGGAAAAGCAUUCCAAAUGGCCUAUCAUGAUGCGAAUGCACGGCAGCGUCAUGCCAAAGAUGAUCAUGCCGCUUUUGACGGUCGUUAUUUGGUCGACCGCUAUUACUGUCUUUUCGCGAUUUGUCCAUAACAUUGGUAUCAACAAUAUUCUACUCACCGUGCUGGGUUUCGUGGUGGGUUUGGCUUUGUCAUUCCGCAGCUCAACUGCAUAUGAGAGAUGGGCAGACGGGCGCAAAUAUUGGGCCCAGCUCAUUCAAACGUCUCGCAACCUCUCACGUACAAUUUGGAUCAAUACCGGCGAGAGAGAAGGUGAAGAAGGAAAAGAUGACAUGUUAAGAAAACUCUCCGCGAUGAACCUCAUUUUGGCCUUCGCCGUCUCCCUAAAACACAAGCUCCGCUUCGAGCCCGAUAUCGCAUACGAAGAUCUGGCUGGCCUAGCUGGACACCUUGACACUUUUGCCCGUGAUGCCCACGACCGCAUGGUUGUCAACCCUCCGCCUAAAUCUAUUUGGAAAUCUGCAGGAGAGUACCUCGGUGUGUCCUUCGCCGAGUCAAACCCUCGGAAGUAUAUCAAGCGGUCUAAGAAGCCUCUUGGACAUUUACCCUUGGAGAUCCUCAACCAUCUGUCCGCAUAUAUCGAUUCGUGUGUAGCCAACGGUACUUUGGUUUCAACCCUGCACCAGGGACAAGCUAUCACUAUGCUGUCCACCUUGAAUGAGGUCUUGACUGGCACAGAACGUGUCCUGGACACCCCCUUGCCUACCGCAUACAGCAUUGCCAUUGCCCAGAUUUCGUGGAUUUACAUCCUAGUACUUCCAUUCCAGCUCUACAACGCCUUGACAUGGAUCACCAUCCCAGCAUCAAUCGUGGCUGCCUAUAUCAUCCUCGGCUUGGCUACAAUCGGCAGUGAAAUUGAGAACCCCUUCGGUCAAGAUGUCAAUGAUCUUCCACUGGACACCUACUGCCGACAGAUCGCCGUGGAAAUAGACAUCAUGACUGCCACUCCCCGACCAGAUGUCGAUGACUUCAUGUCGCGCGCUGACAACCUCGUCCUAUUCCCUCUUAGCCAGUUGGGAUACCCUGACUGGAAGGAGCGGAGCGUCGAGGAUAUUCGUGGCGCACUUCGAACUAAGAUGGUUGUCGGCCCGUCAUCUGCAUCUGCAACGUCAGAUACAUCUACAAUGGUGGAAAGCGCUCGCCCCAAGACCACUGCAUCAUCAGUCUAA